UAGGUUUGCCAAUUUACACAGCCAAACACGGCUUACAAGAAAAAAGAUAAGGAAAAAAGCCUCUCUCUCUCUUCUGCAACAAAAAUGGCGGCAACUUCUAGAAGAUCGUCAAGCGGACAGAUCAACCGAGAAAUCUCCUCCGGAAGAUUAUACGGAUCUCAGUCUCACUCACGCUCUUCUUCUUCCUCGUACUUUGCCUCUUCCACCUCGACCUUCUCCUCCAGAUCCUCCAGAUUCUUCACUCGCUCUACUUCUCCUACGCGUAUCAACUUGUGCGGAACCUCUCCCUCCGCGUCGUCCGUACGAUUUUCCAUCGACCGCUCAACCUCCCCCAACAGAUCCAUCUCCGUUUCGCCCCGCGGCGUCGGUGGCAGCAGCGGUCAGAUCGUGAAAGGGCAGGGUUCGAAGAGAACCUGUAUGUGCUCGCCUACCACCCACCCCGGCUCGUUCAGGUGCAGCUUACACAAGGGAUUCGGCUCGCAGCCAGCGGUGCCGUACUCGCCGAACAGGCUGAACGCGCGGCGAUCGGCCAUGACGAACUCGCUGGUGAGGAUUGGCGGCGUCGAAGGUGAUUUGGUGAAGCGAGCAUUGGCGGCUUUGAUUCGGCCCUCUUCGCACCAGCAGCGUAGGCGAUCCAACUUCCAGCCAAGGCCGAGCCGGCUCUCCGUCAUGUCCAAAGCUGAGGAAUGAUUAGGGUACGUUGAUAGAUUUAACUUCUGUGCCUGACUGUUAACUGACGGCGACGGCGGCGUCAGAUUCCUCGGCUUUCUGGUUCUUGAAGAGUCAGAUUACAACGAAAUGUUUUGUGAUCUGAUCCGGUUGGACAAGUUGAUGAUUCGGAGCGGACUUGGAUUUUUUUUUUUGUAAUCCGGUGACCGAAAUUCGAUUUGAGGAACUAUGAGACAAUACACCUGUCUGUAUAGAUAUAUAAAAUUGAUAUAUCAUAUAUGUCAUGGCGGCCAUUGAAGCGGACCCUAA